GUCCAGACUGACCUCUCAAAUCAAAUCGGCACCGGGCGGCCUCCUCCCUCCCUCCCGACCCCGACCCCGACCCCGACCCCGACUGCCAAACCCUAAUACACGGCGGUGACCUUGCGGCCUCCGUUCCGCUGCGCUCCGUCUGAGUUGCUGAUCUGGGAUAAUCUUGUUCUCUUUGAGUGAACCAAGAUGUCCGGGAAUGAUGAUAAGCCACAUGCUGCUGCGGACAGAAUAAAGGCAGCCACAUUAUCAGUGGCCAAGGGUUUGAGCAGGGCUCAAGCUGAACGAGCUGCGGCUGCUGCUGCCCGCAAUGUCAAUGCCUAUGGGCAAAAGGAAGAGGGACCAAGCCGCUGGCAGGAGAGGAAGGAAGCCAAGAGACAGAUGUAUUUGAUGAGUACAGAGAAGGCUGCGAAGCUGGGCACUGUGAAGCUAAAAGCUUCAGAAACUAGUUCCGUUGGCGCGUAUACCCAAUGCCAGAAGUGUUUCCAGCAUGGUCACUGGACGUAUGAGUGCAAAAAUGAGCGGGUGUACAUAUCACGGCCCUCAAGAACGCAGCAGCUUAAGAACCCUAAGCUGAAGAAAAGCGUACCGGUUUCUUAUCAAUUCGAGAAUCCUGAUAUUAUAAGGGAGAGGGAAGAGGAGCUGAAGUUGAUGAAAGAAAAACAGAAGAAGGAGAAGGCCGAAAGAAAAAAGGGAAAGAGUAAGAGGAAGCAUCGAUCGCCGAGUGAUUCAGAUAGCAACAGUAGUGGUGCUUCGGUGUUCGACUCUGAAUCAUCAGUGACAGGCUCUGAAUACUCUUCUGGAAGCAGUUCAAGUUAUAGUUCAUCAGACUCGGAGGACAAGAAGCGGCAACACAGAAGGAAGCAGAAGAAGAGAAGGCACAGGAGGGACAGCACAUCAUCAUCAUCAUCUUCUUCUGAAUCUGAGUCUGCGUCAGACACAGACAGUGAUUCUGAUGACAAGGGCAGACGGAGGAAGAGUAAAAGACGGGCUGGUAGGCGCUGAAUUUAAUGAUCUGGACAAAGCAGUGUGGAAGUUGAAUAUCAUUAUAUACUUCCGUUCUAUUCAUGAAUGACCUUUCAUCAUCAUCUGAACAUGUGCCGGCCUUCUCGGAUCCAAGAAACAGAUUUAGCAUUUGCUUUCCUGAACGGUAGCACUGAUAAUUUUCACUGUAUGUUCCUAUGAUCUUUGUGUGAACCAUUGAAUCCUGUAUCAAUAUUCACCUAUGGAUUUUUCAAGUUUGGUGUGGUUCAUCGUCC